AUGUCAUUCUACUUUUUCACAAUUCCUCAUAUCUCUAUCUAUAUCUAUAAAUAUAAAGAAAAGUGUGAUUCUCACAUCGUUCCAGAUCAGCUGAAAUUUCAUGAUUUAAUCAUACAAACAAAUUUCAACAAAACUCUUCUCUCAAAAAAUGGUAAAAUUUUCAAUGGAAACAAUUCAUUCUGUAAUGAAAGAACGGAACAAGAUUAG